CCAGGAGCCCCGCGCUGCCCUCCUCCCCCUGCGCCGCCGCCGCUGCCACCCCCGGGCUCGGGGUGGCCGCCGCUACAGCCCCAGCGCAGGGACCCUUCCAUGAAGACUGAGGCAGGCGUAGCUGCUGAGAGCCUGCUGACAUGACAUCGGCCACGGAGUUUGAAAACGUGGGCAACCAGCCACCGUACAGCCGGAUCAAUGCCCGCUGGGAUGCCCCGGACGAUGAGCUGGAUAAUGACAACAGCUCAGCCAGGCUCUUUGAGAGGUCCCGGAUCAAGGCCUUAGCAGAUGAGCGGGAAGUUGUUCAGAAGAAAACCUUCACAAAAUGGGUGAACUCGCACCUGGCGCGCGUGUCCUGCCGCAUCACUGACCUCUACAAGGACCUGCGGGAUGGGAGGAUGCUCAUCAAGCUGCUGGAAGUGCUCUCUGGAGAGAUGCUGCCAAAGCCCACGAAGGGGAAGAUGCGCAUCCACUGCCUGGAGAAUGUGGACAAGGCCCUGCAGUUCCUGAAGGAGCAGCGUGUGCAUCUGGAGAACAUGGGCUCCCACGACAUCGUGGACGGCAACCACCGCCUGGUCCUGGGCCUCAUCUGGACCAUCAUCCUCCGCUUCCAGAUUCAGGACAUCGUUGUCCAAACUCAGGAAGGUCGUGAGACGCGCUCAGCCAAGGACGCGUUGCUGUUAUGGUGUCAGAUGAAGACGGCAGGCUACCCCCACGUCAAUGUCACCAACUUCACCUCCAGCUGGAAGGAUGGCCUAGCCUUUAACGCCCUGAUCCACAAGCACCGGCCCGACCUGAUUGACUUUGAUAAACUGAAGGACUCCAACGCCCGGCACAACCUGGAGCGCGCGUUCGACGUGGCUGAGCGACAGCUGGGCAUCAUCCCGCUUCUCGACCCGGAGGAUGUCUUCACAGAAAACCCUGACGAGAAAUCCAUCAUCACCUACGUGGUGGCGUUUUACCACUACUUCUCCAAGAUGAAGGUGCUGGCAGUGGAGGGCAAGCGCGUCGGCAAGGUAAUUGACCACGCCAUUGAGACCGAGAAGAUGAUUGAAAAGUACAGCGGGCUGGCGUCAGACCUGCUCACCUGGAUCGAGCAGACCAUCACUGUCCUGAACAGCCGCAAGUUCGCCAACUCCCUGACCGGUGUCCAGCAGCAGCUGCAGGCCUUCAGUACCUACCGCACCGUGGAGAAGCCGCCCAAGUUUCAGGAGAAGGGGAAUCUAGAAGUCCUACUUUUUACCAUCCAGUCACGGAUGAGAGCCAACAAUCAGAAAGUGUACACGCCCCAUGAUGGGAAACUCGUGUCUGACAUCAACCGGGCCUGGGAAAGCCUGGAGGAAGCCGAGUACCGGCGGGAGCUGGCUCUGAGGGAGGAGCUCAUCCGGCAGGAGAAGCUAGAGCAGUUGGCCCGGCGCUUUGACCGAAAGGCUGCCAUGAGGGAGACGUGGCUCAAUGAAAACCAGCGGCUUGUGGCCCAGGAUAAUUUCGGGUACGACCUGGCAGCUGUGGAGGCCGCCAAGAAGAAGCAUGAGGCCAUUGAGACGGACACAGCUGCCUACGAGGAGCGGGUGAGGGCCCUGGAGGACCUGGCCCAGGAGCUGGAGCGGGAGAAUUACCACGACCAGAAGCGCAUCACGGUCCGCAAAGACAACGUCCUGCGCCUGUGGAACUACCUGCAGGAGCUGCUGCAGUCCCGGCGCCAGAGGCUUGAGAAGACGCUGGCCCUGCAGAAGCUCUUCCAGGACAUGCUGCACAGCAUCGACUGGAUGGACGAGAUCAAGGCUCACCUCUUGUCUGCCGAGUUCGGGAAGCACUUGUUGGAGGUCGAGGAUUUGCUACAAAAACACAAGUUGAUGGAGGCUGACAUCGCCAUCCAAGGGGACAAAGUGAAGGCCAUCACCACAGCCACUCUUCAGUUCACUGAGGAGCCAGGGUACCAGCCUUGCGACCCCCAGGUCAUCCGGGACCGUGUCAGCCACCUCGUGCAGUGCUUCGAGGAGCUGAGCAACACGGCAGCCGGACGCAAGGCCCAGCUGGAGCAGUCCAAGCGGCUCUGGAAGUUCUUCUGGGAGAUGGAUGAGGCCGAGAGCUGGAUCAAGGAGAAGGAGCAGAUUUACUCCUCCCUGGACUAUGGCAAGGACCUGACAGGCGUGCUCAUCCUGCAGCGCAAGCACAAGGCCUUCGAGAACGAGCUGCACGGGCUGGACGCCCACCUGGACCAGGUCUUCCAGGAGGCUGAGGGCAUGGUUGCACGCAAGCAGUUUGGGCACCCGCAGAUCGAGGCCAAGAUCAAGGAGGUGUCUGCCCAGUGGAACCAGCUGAAGGAGCUGGCUGCCUUCCGCAAGAAGAACCUCCAGGACGCUGAGAACUUCUUUCAGUUCCAGGGCGAUGCGGACGAUCUGAAGGCCUGGCUGCAAGAUGCCCACCGGCUGCUCUCGGGAGAAGAUGUGGGGCAGGAUGAAGGGGCCACACAGGCCCUGGGCAAGAAGCACAAGGACUUUCUGGAGGAGCUAGAGGAGAGCCGCAGGGUGAUGGAGCAUCUGGAACAGCAGGCCCAGGGGUUCCCCCAAGAGUUUCGGGAUUCCCCAGAUGUGACCAACCGGCUGCAGGCCCUCCGGGAUCUCUAUGUGCAGGUGGUGGCCCAAGUGGACAUGCGUCGGCAGAGGCUGCAGGAUGCCCUGGACCUGUACACGGUGUUUGGGGAGACGGAUGCCUGUGAACUGUGGAUGGGCGAGAAGGGGAAGUGGCUGGCUCAGAUGGACAUCCCAGACACGCUGGAGGACCUGGAGGUCGUGCAGCACAGGUUUGAUAUCCUGGACCAGGAGAUGAAGACUUUGAUGGCUCAGAUUGAUGGCGUGAACCUUGCUGCCAACAGCCUGGUAGAGAGUAGCCACCCACGCAGUGGGGAAGUGAAGAAGUGCCAGGACCACCUGAAUACCAGGUGGCAGGAAUUCCAGACCAUGGUGUUGGAACGGCGGGAGGCUGUGGACUCGGCCCUCCGGGUGCACAGCUACUGUGUAGACUGCGAGGAGACCAGCAAGUGGGUGGUGGACAAGACGAAGGUGGUGGAGUCUACAAAGGACCUGGGCCGGGACCUGGCAGGCGUCAUCGCCAUCCAGCGCAAGUUGUCGGGGCUGGAGCGUGACGUGGCCGCCAUCCAUGCCCGCGUGGGUGCCCUGGAGCAGGAGUCGCAGCGACUGAUGGAGUCACACCCUGAGCUGAAGAAGGAUAUUAGCCAGAGGCAGGCGUAUGUGGAGGAGCUGUGGCAGGCCCUGCAGCAAGCCCUGAAGAGCCAGGAGGCCUCGCUGGGGGAAGCCAGCCAGCUGCAGGCCUUCCUGCAGGAUCUGGAUGCCUUCCAGGCCUGGCUGUCCACGGCCCAGAAGGAUGUGGCCUCCAAGGACAUGCCCGAGUCCCUCCCAGAGGCCGAGCAGCUCCUGCAGCAGCAUGCGGCCAUCAAGGACGACAUUGACGGGCACCAGCAGAGCUACCAGCAGGUCAAGGCAUCCGGAGAGAAGGUGAUCCAUGGCCACACGGACCCGGAGUACCUGCUCCUGGGCCAGCGGCUGGAUGGCCUGGAUAAGGGCUGGGAUGCCCUGCACCGGAUGUGGGAGAGCCGCAGCCAUGCCCUCACCCAGUGCCUCGGCUUCCAGGAGUUCCAGAAAGAUGCCAAGCAGGCUGAAGCCAUCCUCAGCAACCAGGAAUAUACUCUGGCUCACUUGGAGCCCCCAGACUCCCUAGAAGCUGCAGAGGCCAGGAUCCGGAAGUUUGAGGAAUUCUUGGUGUCUAUGGAGAACAACCGGGAUAAGGUUUUGAGUCCUGUGGACUCUGGAAACAAGCUGGUAGCUGAAGGAAACCUCUACUCAGACAAGAUCAAAGAGAAGGUGCAGCUGAUUGAGGACAGGCACAGGAAGAAUGACGAGAAGGCCCAGGAGGCCUCAGUCCUUCUGAGAGACAACCUGGAGCUCCAGAACUUCCUGCAGAACUGCCAGGAGCUCACUCUCUGGACCAAUGACAAGCUGCUGACAUCUCAGGAUGUCUCCUAUGAUGAAGCUCGAAACCUUCACAACAAAUGGCUGAAGCACCAGGCGUUCGUGGCAGAGCUGGCUUCCCACCAGGGGUGGCUAGAGAACAUUGAUGCAGAAGGAAAGCAGCUGAUGGAGGAGAAGCCCCAGUUUGCGGCCCUGGUGUCCCAGAGGCUGGAAGCCUUGCACCAGCUCUGGGAUGAGCUUCUGGCCACCACACAAGAGACGGCUCAGCAUCUCUCAGCUGCCAGGAGCUCUGACCUGCGCUCGCAGACCCACGCCGACCUCAACAAGUGGAUCAGGGCCAUGGAGGACCAGCUACGGUCAGACGACCUGGGCAAGGACCUGACCAGCGUCAACAGGAUGCUGGCUAAGCUGAAGCGUGUGGAGGACCAAGUGAACGUGCGGAAGGUGGAGCUGGAGGAGCUGUUUGCCCAGAUGCCCUCGCUGGGAGAGGAGGCAGAGCAUGAAGACUUGAGCAUCGAGAAGCGGUUCCUGGACCUUCUGGAGCCCUUGGGGAGGAGGAAGAAGCAGCUGGAAUCAUCCAGAGCCAAGCUGCAGAUCAGCCGGGACUUAGAGGAUGAGACGCUCUGGGUGGAGGAGAGGCUGCCUCUGGCCCAGUCGACCGACCAUGGCACAAACCUGCAAACUGUGCAGCUGUUCAUGAAGAAGAACCAGACGCUGCAGAACGAGAUCCUGGGCCACACGCCACGGGUGGAGGAAGUGCUGCACAGAGGGCAGCAGCUGGUGGCCGCGGCCGAGAUCGACUGCCGGGACGUGGAGGAGCGCCUGGGGCAUCUGCAGAGCUCGUGGGACACACUGCGGGAGACGGCGGCCGGGCGGCUGCAGCGCCUGCGGGACGCUAGCGAGGCACAGCAGUACUACCUGGACGCGGGCGAGGCCGAGGCCUGGAUCAGUGAGCAGGAGUUCUACGUCUUCUCCGACGAGACCCCCCAGGAUGAAGAGGGCGCCAUCGUGAUGUUGAAGCGGCACUUGCGGCAGCAACGCACAGUAGAGGAGUACGGGAGGAACAUCAAGCAGCUGGCCGGCCGGGCCCAGAGCCUGCUGUCUGCAGGCCACCCCGAGGGGGAACAGAUCAUCAGACUUCAGGGGCAGGUGGACAAGCAGUACGCCGGGCUGAAGGACAUGGCAGAGGAGCGCAGGCGGAAGCUGGAGAACAUGUACCACCUGUUCCAGCUGAAGAGGGAGGUGGAAGACCUGGAGCAGUGGAUCACGGAGAAGGAGCUGGUGGCCUCCUCCCCAGAAAUGGGGCAAGACUUUGACCACGUGACUCUGCUCCGGGACAAGUUCCGGGACUUUGCCCGGGAGACCGGGGCGAUCGGGCAGGAGCGGGUGGACAACGUGAAUGCCAUCAUUGAGCGGCUCAUCGACGUGGGCCACGCAGAGGCGGCCACCAUCGCCGAGUGGAAGGACGGGCUGAACGAGAUGUGGGCGGACCUGCUGGAGCUCAUUGACACGCGCAUGCAGCUGCUGGCCGCCUCCUAUGACCUGCAGCGCUACUUCUACACUGGCGCCGAGAUCCUGGGCCUCAUUGAUGAGAAGCACCGCGAGCUGCCUGAGGAUGUGGGGCUGGACGCCAGCACCGCCGAGUCCUUCCACCGCGUGCACACAGCCUUCGAGCGGGAGCUCCACCUGCUGGGUGUGCAGGUACAGCAGUUCCAGGACGUGGCCACCCGCCUGCAGACAGCGUACGCUGGAGAGAAGGCAGACACCAUCCAGAACAAGGAGCAGGAGGUGUCUGCUGCAUGGCAGGCGCUGCUCGAUGCCUGCGCGGGGCGCCGCACCCAGCUGGUGGACACAGCGGACAAAUUCCGCUUCUUCAGCAUGGUCCGAGACCUCCUCUCCUGGAUGGAGAGCAUCAUCCGGCAAAUCGAGACCCAGGAGAAGCCCAGGGACGUCUCCUCGGUGGAACUGCUCAUGAAGUAUCACAAGGGCAUUCUGGCGGAGAUGGAAACCCGAAGCAAGAACUUCAGCGCCUGCCUGGAGCUCGGCGAGUCCCUGCUGCAGCGGCAACACCAAGCCUCUGAUGAGAUCAGGGAGAAACUGCAGCAGGUGGUGUCCAGGAGGAAGGAGAUGAAGGAGAAGUGGAAGGCCCGCCAGGAGCAGCUCCACAUGUGGCUGGAAGUGUGCCAGUUCUCUCGGGACGCCUCGGUGGCUGAAGCGUGGCUGAUCGCCCAGGAGCCCUACCUGGCCAGCCGGGACUUUGGCCACACGGUGGACAGUGUGGAAAAGCUCAUCAAGAGGCACGAGGCUUUUGAGAAAUCCACGGCGGGCUGGGCAGAGCGCUUCGCCGCCCUGGAGAAGCCCACCACGCUUGAGCUCAAAGAACACCAGACCCCGGAGAGAACUGACGAGGAGACUGGGCCUCAAGAGGAGGAAGGCGAGACAGCAGGGGAGGCUCCCCGAGGUCCCCACCGAGCAGCCACCGAGAGAACAUCCCCGCCGGCCAGAGGUGUCCUGAGCUGCACCAGCCCUUCAUGUCCAGCAGAGGGCACUCCUGGGCUCCCGCUGGAGGGUCUCUCCCAGGACUUCCCUCUGAAGAUCCCAUCGGCGCAUGUGGGAGUCUCUGGUGGACUUUUUCACAGGAACAGCCCCCACUGGAAGGAGAGAGACCUCUGGGGGCUGGCAUGGACUGUGGACACGGGGGCUGGGACAUGCCACCUGCGCUUCAGCUGUGCAUCCCUGUGUGUCUGCGUGUGGUGGUGGCCCGGGUCUAUGGGUUCUUUUGUGACCACCUGCGCGAUCCAUCCAUUGUCUGUGUCGUGUACGUCUGUGCAAUGUAAUUACAUGUGCAUCAGAGCCUCCUCCAUCCACUGCCUGAAUGUCGCUGGAUUUGGGGGGAGUAUAACCUGCUUGGACCUGAGCGUCUCUGGAAGGAAGGAGGGAGCCCACAUUUGAGACCCUUCCCAGAGAGCCGGCCACCCCACCAGAUGAGGAAACUGGCCUGUGCCCGGUACCAGGAAGAAACCGGAUGGCGAAUCAAAUGAACACCAGGCCUGAGGCCUCAUGGAAACAGAUUUCCUGCUGCUUCUCCUUUCCGAGCCCUUUGUUGAGUUUUCAUGAGGAUCCAUGGGACUCCGAGGGAGGGUGGGAUACCCCAUUGGUCUUUGAUAUGAGAAGAGAGGAGAAUGGGUCACAUGCAGGGUUCAAAACCUUUCCAGAAACCUCAGGCCUCUCCCAGGAAGGCGGCUGUCUGCUGAGCCUUCUCUCUGGGGUAGGCCUGGGUCCAGUGGCUCUCCUGAUGUCCCAUGUGUGGUCUGGUGUCGGUGCCCUAUAGGAUAGAUCCGUGUUGUGUCUGGUCUGGUGUCGGUGCCCUAUAGGAUAGAUCCGUGCGCUGUGGCCUCACGUGAAAACCAUCACUAGUGCAUGCCGGCUUCCUGCAUGGGAGUGGACCAGGCACCUGAAUCCCUGUGUAGACUGCUGCACAGCACACGGUGGCCACCCUGCCAGCCCCACCUGGUCCUCCCCUUCCCGUGUGUGUGCACGCACACAUGUAUGCACACGCAGAGACUGGAGUACCAUUCCACGCAUUCAGCUUUUCUUCAAGCACAUCCAUUGCCUCUAUCACCUCUUACCUUUCCACAUUAGAGCAUGUUCUAAUAAAAACAAAACAAAAACCAAUCCAUUAUACGGGUAAGUGUGUAAGAGUGCAUGAGACCAAGCAGAAGAAGCAAGGUUUCACAAAUGGCAACAUUCCUGGAGUGGAAGUCAGGACAUUGGG